AUGUCAUCACUCCCGGAUCGGUGUAAUUUGUGUUCACCUGUCCCGACGAUUGGAAUGGGUUUCCGGCCAAACCCUGAGGGUAUGGAAAUAAGUGCGUUAGGGUCAGUCCGUUGUCCCCAUGAAUUCACAAUUAAUUGCUUUCACCUUUCCCUCCGAACCUCUUCCAACUUGGGUCUCUCGAUCAGUUUUAUUUCGCCGGAGGGUUUGGUUGAUAGGCAGGGCUGGGUAAUAUGCACCCUUUUUCGGUCUUUAUCAGUUGCCUGCAGGACUUACCUGCCCUUUUUUCAAGUUUCAAAACGUCUCAGGAAUUUCUGCAUUGUUUAUGUUCCGCAUCGUUGUCUGCGUUAUAUGAUCCCUGAUUACCCCCACUGUGCGUCCCGGGUUCCCAAUUGAUCCCAAUUAUCCGCCCUCUGGUAAUAUGGUCUCUGCGGCCAAACUCUGACAUUAACCAUUUGUUUAUGUCCGUUGGGUGGGUUGGAACUACUGUUUAUAGGGAAAGUUUACUUCACUUUUCGAGAGAGGUGCAAGGACGGACCGAUUGGCGCGACCCAUCUGUUUAAAGCCUUAUCCAACCAUAACUUUUAAUUUCAGAGACAUUCGCAACUCGUUGUUUAUUCCCGGUCUUUACUGUGUCCCAAGUUCCCGGCCCAAUGAGUUUGGCGACUGCCUCCGGGGCUCCCAAAGCCAAAAAGUUCCGGUAUUCGCCAGAGGUAAUGACUGUCCAGAUUUAUAAACAAGCUCUUCGAUUUUGUAAUAAAACUAUAAAAAGUAUAAUUCCAGCAUGUGCUAUUUGAUAUGAAUCAAAACCAAGGCGAGGAAACGGCGACGGAAGCCCCGGCUAUAAAGACUGAGUGCUCUGUAGCGGAGUCGUCAUCGUUUGGUAAUUCCCCACCUAAUCCCAGUCGGAGUACAUCUCCAAACGAAUCAGCUCAUGAUGAUUCUAAAAAUCCAUUUGAAGGCUCCAACGUUGAGCAGACCGAUGAGCAUAAUCAUCAGCCCUUUCCUUUCCAAUUCCUCCUCGAACAGGCUUCUCAGAUAUUGAAGGUAAUGGCGAACAUUCAAUGAGGUCAUCGUUUUUUUUAGAACGUUAAGAAAGAGCACACCGAGCCCCCGUCUUAUGGCCUUUCACAGCCUUCAAUCACUGCCAAUUCCAUUAGAGCGCCCAUUCCUGGUGCUCUAGCUGUGGCCGCUUCUCCAGCAGCAAAACUUUUCAGCGAGGAUGACUGGUCUUGGCACAGGAAUCCAGCGGCUGCGAUUAGAUCCGGUGGCACUAAUAAACAGACUCCGGUCUGGAAGUAUUUCGUGUAUAAUAAAGCAGAGAAUCUGAGUAGAUGCAUAAUCGGAGACUGCACGUACAUGCUGAAGGGACCUCACACUUCCACACUGGCGUGUCAUCUCAAGAAACAUCCCGAGGAAUAUGCGGAGUUCCAGAAACUCAAGGUGAAUAUUUCGGCUUUUUCUCUCCGGAAAAGCUCGAAUUUUAUGUCCGAACGACUGACUUUUAGGUUGAGUAUACGAGAGAUCGGAACGUGGGUACGUUGAGCAACCCUGGCCAAAGGAAUGGCAGAUCCAGUGCCAAUUCGACAAAUUCGAAUGGAUCUUCGACCUUCAUUGGAACACAAAACAGAAGCGGAUCUUCUACUCCUUCAAAUGUCAGCAAUUUAUUCAAGAAAUCCGGGGAGCAAAACAAUCUUUCCGGUAUUUUUGGUAAUUCAAAUUUAUUUGGUGGUAACUCCAACAACAGUCCGCAGAAUAAUUUAUCUGGACGAAGCAAGCCAAUGUCCGUCAAGUAAGUUUAGAUUUAAUGUAACAGUUUAUUUCGUUUUUACAAUUAAAAUUAAUUUAUCCCUCUCUCACUUUAGUGAAAUCCUCAACAAUCUAAGUGCGAGUGCGGUCAGUAUGGUCCCCAACAGCAGCACGGUGAAUUCCCAUUCUUCGAUGAACCCUCCAAUAAACCCAGUGUCAUUUCUUAACGAUAAUUCGUGUAAUCCUCUCCAUUUUCUGAACUUAAUCAAACAAGGUAGGUGCUCUGAUUUCAUCUCUAACAACACGUUUUGUGUCAUCUUCAGGAAAUUCCAAUGCCUCAAAACCCAAUCCCGUCGCUAUAGUGCAACAAAUCAGAAAAUGGCCUCGUCAAGAUCGCAAGCAGAAGGAGAUGGAGCAGAAGAUGGCCUUGUUCAUAAGUUCGGCCCAGCUCCCUUCUACUGUUGUUCAUGACUUGUGUUUCCGAGAAUUCCUAGAGCAAUUGCAACCAAAGUUCUAUAUCCCAGAAGAAGAAAGAGAGGUUGAGCAGGUAGAUUUCCCUAAGCUGAAUUAACCUGGUUACAGAUAAUUACGCAAUUCUACCAAAAGACCGUCUCGAACAUCAAAGCUCAGUUGGCGGUCAUCAAUAAGUUUACCUUGUUAUUGGAUAUCCUCAGGCAUAAUAAGAGUCCCACCUUACUCGUGUCCAUUUGCGUGGCCUUUUACUCACAAACCCGGCAUAAAGUUGAAGUUGUUCUUCUGGGAAUUCGAACUUUGACAGACACAACCUUGCCAGCUGAAGGCAUCCGGCAAUUGGUCAACGAGGUUGGUUCGACUCCAAGAGUGAAGGAUUAUUGUUCUUUUAGACAUUAUCUGAGUACGAUCUGGGCCUUCAUCAGGUCAGUCGGACGAUUCUCAGCGGGCUUUCAUUACUGCAACUUCCCAAAAACACUCCCAUCUUCUCCAACCAAUUGAGUUCUCAUAAAGAAUGUCUUGAACAAGUGGUCAAUCAGAUGGUAAUCCAAUCAGAAAACUAUAUACAAGUCUGUGAGAGUGUGCAGAAUCUUAUGUCACUUCUUAAAUUCUUCCCAGAUGCUGCAAACAGCAUUAAAAUGUUGACUGGUAAGAACUGAACGUCUUUAAGUAAAAAUCAUUCUGUGAAUACAUGGCUAUAUACAUAAGUAUAUAUUCAAACGAUUUUAGGAGUAGAAGUGGAGGAAAUGGACUUAAACAAGCCGUUGGAAGACAUUGCAAACGUCCUAAUAGAUCACAAAGACGCUUUUUGUAGUGUAAUUGCUCAAUAUUCGGAGCUGAUGAGUCUUUUGGCUGUCAUCGAAUGGUAUGUCAAUAUAACAGAGAGUAAACUCUUUCCUUCAGGACAACAUUGGAAGCUUUCCUUCGGAUAAAAAGAUUGUUCAAAGCCCAUAUGCAAGUAAUACAAGACAAUAGUUACGCAACGAUUGAUCGAGUGGUGCCCUCUAUUAUGCAAUUACUAAUGUCACUGGAAAAAGAUUUCGUCCAAUUGGAAGACCUUCCCCAACGACUAGUCUCUUGCAUCAGGGAGAAACUAGGUUAUAUUCUGGACCCAUCCGAUGACCACUUUGAUCCUACCUUCAUCGAAGCGACAGCUUUGAAUCCACAACUAGUUGUUCUUUUGGAUGAGAACCAAAUUAAUCAUGCAAGAGAGGGAAUUGAGAAACGAGUAAGUAAUGCUAUCGUAGUAUAUGAUAAUUUUUAUUACAGUUGCAGGAAAGGAUAAAAUGCAUAGAAGAAUCGACAAGCCGAAGAAACGGAAAAGUGGGAGGCGUCGAUUCGUUGUUGGCCGCCGUUGUGGAAAGGAAGUCCAGCGAGCUCUCAUUGGAAACCAGUUCAGAUGAAAGUCCGGCUUUCUGUGCUUCUUCCCUCUAUCCCGAUCUUGUUCAAGCCGCCAACCAAAGAAGGCAACAGAUCAAAGUAAGGAAUAGAAACGUGUUCUAAACUGUCUUUAUAGGGUCAGAAUAGAAACGUAAAGAAUCAUUAUGCAGAAGCGAUGGUUCAAGCUUAUUUUGAUGACGUUUUAAAUAAUGGCUGUUAUCCAACUAUCUUCGGGGCCGUGUCAGAAAUUCCUCGAGAGCCAUUAUCAUUCUGGCAGUGGGGCUCUGCCAAAUGCCCGCCUUUAAGCGAGAUGGCCAUCGAAUUGUUGAGUAUUCCAUCUUCCACAAUUUCCCCCGAAAUGAUUGGUUCUCAAUCAACAGAUACUACUUUCAUGACGUCAUCGUUCGAACCCCAGCCUUUCGAUUACAUAAAGAACUGUCUAAACGAAGACAGUCUUGAGCGGGAUGCUGUGAUCCGAUUUAACCGAGCUUUCUGGCAGAAAUCCCUGUUCUGA